AUGAAUCAUUUGUAUAAUAUUAUAAUUAUCAUCCUUGCUUCUUUUUCUACAUUGAGUCAUGCUCAUGAUCAUCGUGAUUUGUCUCAAGUAGAUAUAAAAUUAUGGACACAUAUAAUUUUUAUGUUUAUAGCUUUUGCUUUAAUAUUUCCUAUAGGAAUGGUGCUGGGCUUAAGUAAAUCCAAAUGGCACGUACCGGUACAAUCGUUAGGAACAAUUAUAGGAACCAUGGGAUAUUUUCUUGGUCAUUCACAUGGAGGAAAAGAAUUUAAGAUUCAUUCAUCAUUUGCAUCAAUAGUAGUCUUUUUAUUCCUAGCUCAAAUCGGUGCUGGAAUAUAUUUAAAGUUACAUCGUAUUAUUAUAGGAAAAACUCAUAAUCUCAAUAAUAAACAUUUUGCAAGAUCAAUAAUACAAAAAAUUCAUAGCAUUAUUGGAAUAACUUUUCCAAUCACCAGUUAUAUACAAAUCAUAUUUGGCAUUAUAACUUUGCCUGGUUGGUGUAAAGAUGAUCAUACGGGUCAAUGCCUUGCUCAUUUUAUCAUGGGGUCUUCAUUUAUAGGAUAUGGAAUAAUAAUUAUUAUUAUGUUGAAAUUAGGUAGUGAAUGGCUCCAGAAAAAUAAUAAAUCCCCAGAAUUUUAUGAUAGUAUUGUUAUGUUUAUAUGGGGAUUCGUAAAUACUUGGACUGAACAUAGAUGGAAUACGCCCUGGUCACAUAAAGAUCUUCAACAUACAGCAUUAGGAAUAAUUUGGUGGGCAGGUGGAUUGGCUGGUUUGUAUUUCACAAGAAAUGGUAAAAGAAACAUAUUUCCAGCUCUCAUCAUCAUAUCUACAGGCUUUGCAAUGAGCGCACAUCAACAAUCAUCGGAGGUUUCAACAGUUAUUCAUGCUACAUUUGGUUUUACUCUAGUUUCUGCUGGUUUAGCAAGAAUAAUUGAAAUUUGUUUUUUCGAAAACAUCUAUAAAAAUAAAAAAUCAUUAAAUAAUCCAUUUUUAAUUCUUCCGCCUUAUGUAAAAUUGAAUGAAUUGGAAAUUUUAUCAUCAUCAUCCUAUCGUAUAACACCGAAUAGUAAUAAUGAUUUGAGAAAAGACGAUGGUAAUGGUGAUGAUGUUGAGAAAAUUUCUUUUGAAGUUGAUAAUUUGUUACCUGAUAAAAAUAGAUAUUCCUGA